AUCCGCAAAGGUGUCAAUACUCAUAACAUGUUUCCAAUAGAGUCUUCUGAAAACUCAACAGUCACUCCAUUUAAUGCUACAAAUGGAGUAGAUGACAAGAACAAUAACAUCGGAACUAUCCCUUGUCACCUCAAUAUUAACAGACCGUCACCUUCUGUAUACUCAGCGAACACGACGAUGCUGUCGUUCAACAACGUGGAACAGUCGUACACAAGGGUAGUUGGCCAAGUAUAUUCCAGAGAAACCGUAACAACUAUUUAUGGCGAUCCACCAACAAAUUUCUGGAACCAAAGGCAAAUCGGAUGCUACUGUUACAUUUGUCGUUCGGCAAUAAAUCCGCACGAUUUGAGUUCCCUGAUCUCUUGUGCAUCGCCCACCUGCGAUGUUUAUGUUCAUUCAGCAUGUUUAAUUGUCGGAAUUCAGGAAAGAAAUGUCCCCUGGUAUUGUCAAAGAUGUGUUUCAACCACGCGACAUGAUAUCUAUCUGCCAUCCAAUAACAAUGUCGAAGGAAAUGAUAGUUCGACUACUCAAAUGAAUCCGUUACAUUUGUUACUGGAAGCAUCAGAUCAUUUGCAAUCAAGUUCGGGACCAGAGAACAAUUCUGCAGUCGUCCACUCGCAUUUCUCCCGAAGAGACAGCACGAUCACGCAGCAGCAACAUGAUAAGAAUCCUGAUUCUCCCCGUGCAAACCUUAUAAACUCUGGGGAGUCCACUCUAAAUCAAUCGCCAAUCGGUUUAAAUAUGAACAUCAGUUCGUUUAAUGGCAGCGAAAGUGGCAGCCGAGAAGAAACAGAAAUAGCAGUGGAGAAAUUUGAAUGUCAAUACACGUCUUUCGAUGAGGAACGAAAUAAUCUUAUUCGUAAUCUUGAACGCACACGCACACGACAAAAUCAAGUCACAGAUGCGCUUAAAGAAUCCGUGACCAGGUUGACCCGCGAGCAUACCAAACAUCUUGAUAAACGCGAUUCUCUGCUUAAAGACAACCGUAAACUUAACAGCGCUUUACACAAGCUGAAACUCGCGUUGAUCCCCCUGGCCCAGGAAAAGCCGGUACUACAAGUUUUGCAAAAAGUAACGCAGAAUGACGAAUUACAAGGGCAAGAUAUAAAUCUGGAUAAUGUAUUAUCUUUGUUUAUGAAAUUACUACCUAAAUCGACCCUUUCCGUACUUUCAAGUUUGAUUGAAAACGCAUUACCACCUUUUACUACUGACGAUGCAUCAGCUUCAUCCUCGGUUCAUAAUGUGUCGUCAAGCGCAUCUCUAUUAUCAGAGGCAUGUCAGAGAUGUUCCGAGAAAGGUGGGGACUUGAUCAGUUGUUCCAACUGUCAAAGGGUCCAACACGUUGAAUGCUUUGGUAAAGAGGAGAAUGUUAAAACAGGUGAACAGUGGAUGUGUGACGGAUGCAAAAAUGCCACAGCCACAAAACGCAAGCAUUGUGGUGAAAAAAACUCGGGAAUAAAAUUUCCAAACUUAACCUUGAUCGGAAAUUACAAAAGGAUUAGAAUGCACGAGAAGGAAGGAACGUCAAAGAGUAAUUCAAUAUCGCAUAAUAUCAACACGUGUAACAUCGAUAAUGGAGAUGGUGUGUUAUCACCUCAACUUACCCCGCAUCAGACAAGAUCGACCAAUGGUAAUGUCCCGCAGAAGGAAGAAGGCUCUGACCAAUGUGCGAUGCCGAACACGCCAAUGUCAGGUGAUAACGAAAGUAGUGAUGAUAGCAUUUUAACAAGCGAGGGAUCGGAAAUUGAAGCGAAAAAUCAUCGGAAUGACUUAAUACGCAGAAACUUUGAUCGGACACCGCCACCAGAUAACGGACCGGAGGCAUCAAGACAACCUGCACGGUUUGAUGGUGACAUGUAUACGCCGCGUUGGGUUCGUGGAGUUGGAAAAUCCAAGGAAGGGCUUUGCCCUCAUUGCGAACCCUCUCGUUGGCUUAAAACGAAAAUUUCCGCUUACUGGUAUCAUCUUAACUACCAACAUGGUAUCUCGUCAAUUACCGGGCGACCGUUUACACAGCCCACGGCUGAGCGAAUUAAUAAAAAAACAGGCAUGAAAGAGGCCAUGUGCCAUAAGUGCAACAAAUGGAUUUUGAACCAAUCGCCGAGGGAUAAGGAAGUUUUGGUUCCUGAGAUUUAUUGGUAA